AGCUGCUCUAUUAGUCGUCGAUUUGAAGCUCUUCUUUCAGCGGGUUUUACUAGUGAAAUAACAUCUCUAUUUGAAGGCUCAGACAGGAUCUGCUAAAUGGAAUUUUUCUGCGCUGUUUUUGCGAUAAUUUCCGUCGUCUCUGAGCUAAUAGGUCCAUCUCUUCAACAUCUAGGCCCACGUCCGACAUGGAGCAACAAACCGCUGGAUGAAAAUGAAGUAGUCAGAGACUUCUGUGAUAAUGCAAAACAACUUCCUGCUGGUGUCUGGAGCACACCAGUGGGUAAAUGCCAUUGGAAAUUUCUUGGCAACUGAAACUAACAAUGCGUGACGGAUAGAUAAAGCAUUCAUAUCUGGC